UUGAAAAUCUCGCUCGAUUUUCAUUCUCGUUUGUGCCUUUUUAUUAACUGUCAAUAAUGAAGAAAUUGAAAUUCAGUUGCGAUUAUUAGGUACAAUAAUGAUCAAGACAUGAGCUCUCGAGGUGGGAGAAAUAAUUCUUGGAGAGGAAGAGGACGUGGACGCGGUUUCAGGCGACGAGGUGGCAAUAGAUCUGGUAACAAUAGUCAAACAAACAACAGACYACAAAACAGACGGCCAAGACAAGUGCAACAACCACUGACGCCAUGUCCAUAUCGAAAAUGGGACUGGUACUUUCCUGAUGAUGAGUACACUCCAGGAUGCCUUUUUCUACCAAAGAUUGAAGCCUUUAAGACUUAUUUUGAGGAGCAUUCUUCCCAGUUCUCUAAGGAUGACAUUGAGAGAAUAGGAUCAGUGACAUUGGAAUACGAAGAUAUUGUCUCAGAUACUGGAAUAAACACUAGACUUCCUACAUUUGCAACUGAACUUAGAGAAAACCCUGACAAGAUUCUGCAAUGUAUUGGACUUGCCAUUUACCAGGUCUUAACAGAUAUCGACACAGAAGUACCUGCUGCUGCUGUGUUUGACUUCCCAUACAUCCAAGCAAGGAUUAUAAACUACAAUUGUGUGACACCUUUGAAGAAUCUUAAAUCAAACUAUUUUGGUAAGUUUGUUGCUAUUCGUGGUACUGUAGUCCGUGUCAGUAAUGUUAAACCAUUGGUUGUGAAUAUGGCGUUUUCCUGUAAUGCAUGUGAAUAUUUACAGAGCAUAAGAUUACCUGAUGGAAAAUAUCAAAUACCAACAAAGUGUCCCUCUACAGAAUGCAGCUGUAGGUUGUUUACACCUGAGCGUAGUUCAUCCCUUACAACAACCACAGACUGGCAGACUAUUAGAAUCCAGGAAAUCAUGGAUGAUAACCUAAGAGAGGCAGGGAGAAUUCCUAGAACUGUGGAAUGCGAACUUACUGCUGAUUUAGUUGAUAGCUGUGUACCAGGAGAUGUUGUGACAGUGACAGGCAUAGUGAAGGUUACAAACUCUGAAGAACAUCGUAAUAAGUACAACAAAGACAAGUGUAUGUUCYUGUUAUAUGUACAUGCUAAUGCAGUCAAUAACAACAAAGGCAGUUCUAACAAUAGUGAGCCUGAUAAUGCUGUUUCUAUGGARUUUACUCUCAAGGAACUCUAUGCAAUCCAAGAAAUACAAUCGGAAAAGAAUUUAUUCAAACUCAUUGUUGGCUCCCUCUGUCCUUCCAUAUAUGGUCAUGAGUUGGUUAAGGCAGGCUUAGUGCUUGGUUUAAUAGGAGGGACUCAGAGAUACAUCAAUGACAAGAACAGAAUACCUGUCAGGGGAAACCCCCAUGUUCUUGUUGUUGGUGAUCCAGGCUUAGGGAAAAGCCAGAUGCUGCAAGCUGUAUCUAAUGUAGCACCGCGUGGUGUGUAUGUAUGUGGKAAUACUACAUCGACUACUGGCUUGACGGUUACUCUAAGCAAAGAUGGGUCAUCAGGUGACUAUGCUCUUGAGGCUGGUGCUUURGUACUCGGGGAUCAAGGUUGCUGUUGUAUUGAUGAAUUUGAUAAGAUGGGUAACCAGCACCAAGCUUUACUAGAAGCCAUGGAACAACAAAGUAUAAGUAUAGCUAAGGCUGGUAUCGUGUGUAGUUUACCUGCUCGGACGUCAAUCAUCGCUGCAGCCAAUCCUGUUGGAGGACACUACAACAAGGCUAAAACGGUCUCUGAGAAUCUCAAAAUGGGCAGUGCGCUUUUGUCAAGGUUUGACCUUGCUUUCAUCCUGCUUGACAAGCCAGAUGAGGAAAUGGACUGCAUGUUAACAGAACACGUGAUGGCAUUGCAUGCUGGGAAGAAAAGUGCUUUUGGUACAGCUACAGCCAGACGACCUGCUGAAGGUUCAAGCGGUGAAGAUGAAGACGAGGCAAGAAGACAAUGGGAGGCUGACAAACCACUGUCUGAGCAGCUUAAGGUCAGUGCAAAUGAGCCAUUUGAUCCAAUUCCAGCGCAACUCCUACGUAAGUACAUUGGAUAUGCCAGAAAGUACGUUCACCCUAAGCUAACACAGUCAGCGGCCAAAGUACUACAGGAGUUCUAUCUUUCACUGAGGCGCCAGUAUCAAGCAGGUGACUCGACACCCAUCACAACCAGACAGCUCGAGUCUCUGAUUAGAUUGACUGAGGCUCGUGCUCGUCUAGAAUUACGAGAGAAAGCCACCCAUCAAGACGCAGAGGACGUGAUUGAAAUCAUGAAGCACAGUCUCGUCGACACGUUCAGCGACAACCUAGGCUUUCUUGACUUCCAGCGAUCCCAACAUGGCUCAGGGAUGAGCUCUAAAGCAAUGGGAAAGAGAUUUAUUGCCGAGCUAGGAAGAAUAGCUGACAGGGAAUACAAUUCACUGUUUACAAUCGACCAAAUGAGAAGGAUAGCAGUGGACCUUGGAUUAAAGAUUCGUAGUUUCGACGACUUCAUCUACUCUCUCAACAACCAGGGGUUCCUACUGAAAAAGGGAGCUCGCGUCUAUCAGUUACAAAUUGCUAGUUGUCUAUAGACUCUCACCCAUUUUAUACACAGACGAUUCUAAUCUGAAACGCGUGACUAUAGACUCUCACCUGUUUUAUCCACAGACGAUUCUAAUCUGAAACGCGUGACUAUAGACUCUYACCCAUUUGAUACACAAACGGACGAUUCUAGUCUGAAACGCGUGUCUACAGAGUCGCACCAAUUUU